UGAAUUACUGCAGAAACAUAAACUUUAACUGAUUUAUCUUUCAUUUUUGCAAAUCUGCUCUUCCUUCAGUGAAGCUCCUCCCACAACAAGCACACCUUCAGUGAAGCUCCUCCCACAACAAUCACACCUUCAGUGAAGCUCCUCCCACAACAAUCACACCUUCAGUGAAGCUCCUCCCACUGCAGUUCAGUAAUAAAUGCUGGAAUAUUCCCAUCAGUCUACAAGUGAAGACGAGCAUCAGAGCAUCAGGAAGAAGUGAAAUCUGCAGAGACAGAGUUUAUUGAAGGACAGAGAGAACAUGAGAGAUCCAGAACCCUGCAGAAUGAAACACACUGAAGAACAAACAGGUCUAAUGGAGGAGAAAAAACAUAAUGUCAAAACUGGAGAAAAAACUCAGACUGAAAGAGUUUCUUUACUGAAAAAAAGAGACAAGAAAAGUUUCACCUGCACUCAGUGUGGAAAGAGUUUCACAAACAAACAGAAUCUCAAUGUUCACAUGAGGAUCCACACUGGAGAGAAACCAUUCACAUGUGAUCAGUGCGGGAAGAGAUUCAUACAAUCAUCAUCCCUUAAGGACCACAUGAAGAUCCACACUGGAGAGAAACUGCAUGAAUGUGAUCAAUGUGGAAAAACAUUUUCGAGGACUUCAGAGCUGAAGAGUCACCUGAAAGAUCAUUCAAAGGAGAAACCACAUUCAUGUUCUUUCUGUGGAAAGAGUUUUUCACAACUGCAGAGUUUAAAACUACAUCAGAAGAUACACACUGGUGUGAGAGAUCAUAUGUGCUUUGAGUGUGAGAAGACUUUUAUUAGAGCUGAUCAAUUGAAACAGCACCAGAUGAUGCACACUGGAGAGAAACCUUACAAGUGUUCACACUGUGACAAGAGAUUCAGUCGGUCAGGAAAUCUGAAAAGACAUGAGAUGAUUCACACUGGAGAGAAACCUUUCACCUGCACUCAGUGUGGAAAGAGUUUCACAAACAAACAGCAUCUCAAUGUUCACAUGAGGAUCCACACUGGAGAGAAACCAUUCACAUGUGAUCAGUGCGGGACCAGUUUCAGACAAUCAACAUCCCUUAAGAACCACAUGAACAUCCACACUAGAGAGAAACUGCAUGAAUGUGAUCAAUGUGGAAAAACAUAUUUGUGGGCUUCAAACCUGAAGGAUCACCUGAAAGUUCACACGAAGGAGAAACCACAUUCAUGUUCUUUCUGUGGAAAGAGUUUUUCACAACUGAAAAGUUUAAGAGUACAUCAGAAGAUACACACUGGUGUGAGAGAUCAUAUGUGCUUUGAGUGUGAGAAGACUUUUAUUACAGCUCAACAUUUCAAACUGCACCAGAGGAUCCACACUGGAGAGAAACCUUACAAGUGUUCACACUGCGACAAGAGAUUCAGUCAGUCAGGAGACCUGAAAACACAUGAGAGGAUUCACACUGGAGAGAAACCGUAUCACUGCACUGCAUGCGGGAAGAGUUUCAGUCAUUCAUCUAAUCUACGGAGACACAUGAUCAUCCACACUGGAGAGAAACUGCAUGAAUGUGAUCAAUGCGGUAAAACAUUUUUGAGGGCUUCAGUCCUGAAGGAGCACCUGAACAUUCAUACGAAGGAGAAACCACAUUCAUGUUCUUUAUGUGGAAAGAGUUUUUCACAUCUGCAGAAUUUAAAACUACAUCAGAAGAUACACACUGGUGUGAGAGAUCAUAUGUGCUUUGAGUGUGAGAAGACUUUUAUUACAGCUGAUCAACUGAAACAGCACCAGAGGAUCCACACUGGAGAGAAACCUUACAAGUGUUCACACUGUGACAAGAGAUUCAGUCAGUCCGCACAUCAGAAAUCACAUGAGAGGAUUCACACUGGAGAGAAACCGUUCACCUGCACUCAGUGUGGAAAGAGUUUCACAAACAAACAGAAUCUCAAGAGACACAUGAGGAUCCACACUGGAGAGAAACCAUUCACAUGUGAUCAGUGCGGGAAGAAUUUCACACAAUCAUCAACCUUUAAGGAGCACAUGAACAUCCACACUGGAGAGAAACUGCAUGAAUGUGAUCAAUGUGGAAAAACUUUUUCAUGGGCUUCAAACCUGAAGGAUCACCUGAGAGUUCAUACGAAGGAGAAACCACAUUCAUGUUCUUUCUGUGGAAAGAGUUUUUCACAGCUGCAGAGUUUAAAACUACAUCAGAAGAUACACACUGGUGUGAGAGAUCAUAUGUGCUUUGAGUGUGAGAAGACUUUUAUUACAGCUUCACAUUUGAUACGGCACCAGAGGAUCCACACUGGAGAGAAACCUUACAAGUGUUCACACUGCGACAAGAGAUUCAGUCGGUCAGGAGACCUGAAAGCACAUGAGAGGAUCCACACUGGAGAGAAACCGUAUCACUGCACUGCAUGCGGGAAGAGUUUCAGUCAUUCAUCUUCUCUACGCAUGCAUAAAAUAAACAAUCACAUUAAGUAGUUUAUCUUCAGGUCCACUGCCUUCAAUGCUACACCGCAUCUCUUCCAUAUUAAUCUGUCAUAAGAUCAUCAUCUAAAUUAGUCACAGUGAAUAAAGUUCAUCUUCAAGACCAGCAGAUAUCUGUGAGAUUCAGAUCAGUUCAAAGAUGGAGUUCCUCCCCUAAGAACAAUAUCUAAAAUUGUAUUAUUGUGUACAAUUUUUCUUUAUUAUUCUUUAUUUCUAAAUUAUAUUGUUAUUCUUCAUUACAAGUAUCGUUUUAUGUUCAAAAUGUUCUUAAAUUCAUAUUUUUAAGAUUUUUACAGGUUCAAAAUGUUCUUCUUCACUAAGCAUUCGUGUGUAUGAUUGUUUCAAUGUUUGGAGCCAAAAACUAAAGGAUGAAUCUGUGACGGAAAUUAAUUAGACAUGCUGAUGCAAUUUUAAUGUUAUUUAUCAUUCUUUCUUUUUUGACAUUUAUGUUUGUCAAAUAAAAAAUAGUUUUAGUUACUUUACGUUUUUAAAUAGCCUAUAAUUGAAAAGGAUUGCUAACAAACUGUAAAGAUAAGUGUGUCAGUCAUGUCAGUGUGAGAAGUGUGUGUUUUCUUCAAUAGAGCUCUGUAUUGCUAAUGGAAAGCACUCAGACUCAGAAUAAAGUGAGAUGAUCUGCUGCUGAUCCUGAAUGACUUGUUUAAUGAGUGUUAACAGUCUGAGGCUCAUCAAUAAUAAUAGAGCUGCUGAAAAUCCUCUAGGCUAUAUUUGUUAAUAGCUCCUGUUUUCACCUCAUAUUAUGCAGAUCUCCUGUAAACUGUCAGUUAAAGUUAAUUUCAUUCUCAUUGUCAGACUUAAACUAUGCAGUUACUAUUAUGAUAUCUACAAGACACAAAUGUCCUAACAGCAUUUAUUUCAUCAUUAGUCUGUUAGACUUUAAGUCUGUUGGCAAAAAUGUGUGCAACAAUUUUAUAAUCAGUAUUUAACAAGGUUAUCAGAAGUAGAUUAUCUAUAUAUCUAGAGUUUUUUUUUUCAAGUUUAAUUCUUUUAAAUCAUCCAAAAAAAAUAUAUAAAAGUUAGAAGUUAACCCAUCAGGACCGGGUGAUUUAUUUAAUUUGAGGUUUUUCACAGCUAUAUUUGGCACUUUUUUUUAAUAAAGAAGAAUGAUGGAACAUUACAAAAAUAUAUUAACAAGUAAAUCCAGAUACACAAAAUAUAAUAGCAAUCUUAA